GGCGGAGCCCUGCGUGGGAAUCCGGGUGAUUACGCAUGGGGUGAGCAAGGGCUGGACAACAUCGUCACACAGCUCAUGGAGCAGGCACAGGCUGCAGGGCAGAGCAGCACAGCGCCGCCACCUGCAUCCGAAGAAGCCAUCGCCAAACUGGAGCGCUUCAGCAGGAAGAACCUCGCUCGCCUCGCCAAGGCGAAAAAUGGCGACUGUCCGACGUGCAAGGAAGAUUUCAUCCCGUCAGCUUCUACUGCGCAAGGCGAGGACGAUCCGCCGGAACGAAUAGUAGGCGAUCUGGACGAAGGACAGCAGCAAGACGAACUCAUCGCCAUGCCCUGUGCACACAUCUUCCAUGAGGAUUGCCUUGUACCUUGGCUUAAGAUGCACGGCACCUGUCCUGUGUGUCGAGUCAGCUUG